AAGAUUAUGAUAGUAGUUCUUGUAAAAAGAAGCAGAAUAAGCAUUCUUCCUCACAACAAAGCAGUAACAAGCAUUGUAGGUCUCCCUCCCUACAACAAAGUGAUAAAAGUGAUAACAAGCGUCAUAGAUCUUUCUCUCUAAAAAAAAGUAGUAGCAAGUGUCAUAAGUCUCCCUCCUUACAACAAAGUGGUAAUAAGUAUUAG